AUGGACCGGUUGGACCAACUGGCCUGUUGGUCCUAUGGACCGGUUGGACCAACUGGCCUGUUGGUCCUAUGGACCGGUUGGACCAACUGGCCUGUUGGUCCUAUGGACCGGUUGGACCAACUGGCCUGUUGGUCCUAUGGACCGGUUGGACCAACUGGCCUGUUGGUCCUAUGGACCGGUUGGACCAACUGGCCUGUUGGUCCUAUGGACCGGUUGGACCAACUGGCCUGUUGGUCCUAUGGACCGGUUGGACCAACUGGCCUGUUGGUCCUAUGGACCGGUUGGACCAACUGGCCUGUUGGUCCUAUGGACCGGUUGGACCAACUGGCCUGUUGGUCCUAUGGACCGGUUGGACCAACUGGCCUGUUGGUCCUAUGGACCGGUUGGACCAACUGGCCUGUUGGUCCUAUGGACCGGUUGGACCAACUGGCCUGUUGGUCCUAUGGACCGGUUGGACCAACUGGCCUGUUGGUCCUAUGGACCGGUUGGACCAACUGGCCUGUUGGUCCUAUGGACCGGUUGGACCAACUGGCCUGUUGGUCCUAUGGACCGGUUGGACCAACUGGCCUGUUGGUCCUAUGGACCGGUUGGACCAACUGGCCUGUUGGUCCUAUGGACCGGUUGGACCAACUGGCCUGUUGGUCCUAUGGACCGGUUGGACCAACUGGCCUGUUGGUCCUAUGGACCGGUUGGACCAACUGGCCUGUUGGUCCUAUGGACCGGUUGGACCAACUGGCCUGUUGGUCCUAUGGACCGGUUGGACCAACUGGCCUGUUGGUCCUAUGGACCGGUUGGACCAACUGGCCUGUUGGUCCUAUGGACCGGUUGGACCAACUGGCCUGUUGGUCCUAUGGACCGGUUGGACCAACUGGCCUGUUGGUCCUAUGGACCGGUUGGACCAACUGGCCUGUUGGUCCUAUGGACCGGUUGGACCAACUGGCCUGUUGGUCCUAUGGACCGGUUGGACCAACUGGCCUGUUGGUCCUAUGGACCGGUUGGACCAACUGGCCUGUUGGUCCUAUGGACCGGUUGGACCAACUGGCCUGUUGGUCCUAUGGACCGGUUGGACCAACUGGCCUGUUGGUCCUAUGGACCGGUUGGACCAACUGGCCUGUUGGUCCUAUGGACCGGUUGGACCAACUGGCCUGUUGGUCCUAUGGACCGGUUGGACCAACUGGCCUGUUGGUCCUAUGGACCGGUUGGACCAACUGGCCUGUUGGUCCUAUGGACCGGUUGGACCAACUGGCCUGUUGGUCCUAUGGACCGGUUGGACCAACUGGCCUGUUGGUCCUAUGGACCGGUUGGACCAACUGGCCUGUUGGUCCUAUGGACCGGUUGGACCAACUGGCCUGUUGGUCCUAUGGACCGGUUGGACCAACUGGCCUGUUGGUCCUAUGGACCGGUUGGACCAACUGGCCUGUUGGUCCUAUGGACCGGUUGGACCAACUGGCCUGUUGGUCCUAUGGACCGGUUGGACCAACUGGCCUGUUGGUCCUAUGGACCGGUUGGACCAACUGGCCUGUUGGUCCUAUGGACCGGUUGGACCAACUGGCCUGUUGGUCCUAUGGACCGGUUGGACCAACUGGCCUGUUGGUCCUAUGGACCGGUUGGACCAACUGGCCUGUUGGUCCUAUGGACCGGUUGGACCAACUGGCCUGUUGGUCCUAUGGACCGGUUGGACCAACUGGCCUGUUGGUCCUAUGGACCGGUUGGACCAACUGGCCUGUUGGUCCUAUGGACCGGUUGGACCAACUGGCCUGUUGGUCCUAUGGACCGGUUGGACCAACUGGCCUGUUGGUCCUAUGGACCGGUUGGACCAACUGGCCUGUUGGUCCUAUGGACCGGUUGGACCAACUGGCCUGUUGGUCCUAUGGACCGGUUGGACCAACUGGCCUGUUGGUCCUAUGGACCGGUUGGACCAACUGGCCUGUUGGUCCUAUGGACCGGUUGGACCAACUGGCCUGUUGGUCCUAUGGACCGGUUGGACCAACUGGCCUGUUGGUCCUAUGGACCGGUUGGACCAACUGGCCUGUUGGUCCUAUGGACCGGUUGGACCAACUGGCCUGUUGGUCCUAUGGACCGGUUGGACCAACUGGCCUGUUGGUCCUAUGGACCGGUUGGACCAACUGGCCUGUUGGUCCUAUGGACCGGUUGGACCAACUGGCCUGUUGGUCCUAUGGACCGGUUGGACCAACUGGCCUGUUGGUCCUAUGGACCGGUUGGACCAACUGGCCUGUUGGUCCUAUGGACCGGUUGGACCAACUGGCCUGUUGGUCCUAUGGACCGGUUGGACCAACUGGCCUGUUGGUCCUAUGGACCGGUUGGACCAACUGGCCUGUUGGUCCUAUGGACCGGUUGGACCAACUGGCCUGUUGGUCCUAUGGACCGGUUGGACCAACUGGCCUGUUGGUCCUAUGGACCGGUUGGACCAACUGGCCUGUUGGUCCUAUGGACCGGUUGGACCAACUGGCCUGUUGGUCCUAUGGACCGGUUGGACCAACUGGCCUGUUGGUCCUAUGGACCGGUUGGACCAACUGGCCUGUUGGUCCUAUGGACCGGUUGGACCAACUGGCCUGUUGGUCCUAUGGACCGGUUGGACCAACUGGCCUGUUGGUCCUAUGGACCGGUUGGACCAACUGGCCUGUUGGUCCUAUGGACCGGUUGGACCAACUGGCCUGUUGGUCCUAUGGACCGGUUGGACCAACUGGCCUGUUGGUCCUAUGGACCGGUUGGACCAACUGGCCUGUUGGUCCUAUGGACCGGUUGGACCAACUGGCCUGUUGGUCCUAUGGACCGGUUGGACCAACUGGCCUGUUGGUCCUAUGGACCGGUUGGACCAACUGGCCUGUUGGUCCUAUGGACCGGUUGGACCAACUGGCCUGUUGGUCCUAUGGACCGGUUGGACCAACUGGCCUGUUGGUCCUAUGGACCGGUUGGACCAACUGGCCUGUUGGUCCUAUGGACCGGUUGGACCAACUGGCCUGUUGGUCCUAUGGACCGGUUGGACCAACUGGCCUGUUGGUCCUAUGGACCGGUUGGACCAACUGGCCUGUUGGUCCUAUGGACCGGUUGGACCAACUGGCCUGUUGGUCCUAUGGACCGGUUGGACCAACUGGCCUGUUGGUCCUAUGGACCGGUUGGACCAACUGGCCUGUUGGUCCUAUGGACCGGUUGGACCAACUGGCCUGUUGGUCCUAUGGACCGGUUGGACCAACUGGCCUGUUGGUCCUAUGGACCGGUUGGACCAACUGGCCUGUUGGUCCUAUGGACCGGUUGGACCAACUGGCCUGUUGGUCCUAUGGACCGGUUGGACCAACUGGCCUGUUGGUCCUAUGGACCGGUUGGACCAACUGGCCUGUUGGUCCUAUGGACCGGUUGGACCAACUGGCCUGUUGGUCCUAUGGACCGGUUGGACCAACUGGCCUGUUGGUCCUAUGGACCGGUUGGACCAACUGGCCUGUUGGUCCUAUGGACCGGUUGGACCAACUGGCCUGUUGGUCCUAUGGACCGGUUGGACCAACUGGCCUGUUGGUCCUAUGGACCGGUUGGACCAACUGGCCUGUUGGUCCUAUGGACCGGUUGGACCAACUGGCCUGUUGGUCCUAUGGACCGGUUGGACCAACUGGCCUGUUGGUCCUAUGGACCGGUUGGACCAACUGGCCUGUUGGUCCUAUGGACCGGUUGGACCAACUGGCCUGUUGGUCCUAUGGACCGGUUGGACCAACUGGCCUGUUGGUCCUAUGGACCGGUUGGACCAACUGGCCUGUUGGUCCUAUGGACCGGUUGGACCAACUGGCCUGUUGGUCCUAUGGACCGGUUGGACCAACUGGCCUGUUGGUCCUAUGGACCGGUUGGACCAACUGGCCUGUUGGUCCUAUGGACCGGUUGGACCAACUGGCCUGUUGGUCCUAUGGACCGGUUGGACCAACUGGCCUGUUGGUCCUAUGGACCGGUUGGACCAACUGGCCUGUUGGUCCUAUGGACCGGUUGGACCAACUGGCCUGUUGGUCCUAUGGACCGGUUGGACCAACUGGCCUGUUGGUCCUAUGGACCGGUUGGACCAACUGGCCUGUUGGUCCUAUGGACCGGUUGGACCAACUGGCCUGUUGGUCCUAUGGACCGGUUGGACCAACUGGCCUGUUGGUCCUAUGGACCGGUUGGACCAACUGGCCUGUUGGUCCUAUGGACCGGUUGGACCAACUGGCCUGUUGGUCCUAUGGACCGGUUGGACCAACUGGCCUGUUGGUCCUAUGGACCGGUUGGACCAACUGGCCUGUUGGUCCUAUGGACCGGUUGGACCAACUGGCCUGUUGGUCCUAUGGACCGGUUGGACCAACUGGCCUGUUGGUCCUAUGGACCGGUUGGACCAACUGGCCUGUUGGUCCUAUGGACCGGUUGGACCAACUGGCCUGUUGGUCCUAUGGACCGGUUGGACCAACUGGCCUGUUGGUCCUAUGGACCGGUUGGACCAACUGGCCUGUUGGUCCUAUGGACCGGUUGGACCAACUGGCCUGUUGGUCCUAUGGACCGGUUGGACCAACUGGCCUGUUGGUCCUAUGGACCGGUUGGACCAACUGGCCUGUUGGUCCUAUGGACCGGUUGGACCAACUGGCCUGUUGGUCCUAUGGACCGGUUGGACCAACUGGCCUGUUGGUCCUAUGGACCGGUUGGACCAACUGGCCUGUUGGUCCUAUGGACCGGUUGGACCAACUGGCCUGUUGGUCCUAUGGACCGGUUGGACCAACUGGCCUGUUGGUCCUAUGGACCGGUUGGACCAACUGGCCUGUUGGUCCUAUGGACCGGUUGGACCAACUGGCCUGUUGGUCCUAUGGACCGGUUGGACCAACUGGCCUGUUGGUCCUAUGGACCGGUUGGACCAACUGGCCUGUUGGUCCUAUGGACCGGUUGGACCAACUGGCCUGUUGGUCCUAUGGACCGGUUGGACCAACUGGCCUGUUGGUCCUAUGGACCGGUUGGACCAACUGGCCUGUUGGUCCUAUGGACCGGUUGGACCAACUGGCCUGUUGGUCCUAUGGACCGGUUGGACCAACUGGCCUGUUGGUCCUAUGGACCGGUUGGACCAACUGGCCUGUUGGUCCUAUGGACCGGUUGGACCAACUGGCCUGUUGGUCCUAUGGACCGGUUGGACCAACUGGCCUGUUGGUCCUAUGGACCGGUUGGACCAACUGGCCUGUUGGUCCUAUGGACCGGUUGGACCAACUGGCCUGUUGGUCCUAUGGACCGGUUGGACCAACUGGCCUGUUGGUCCUAUGGACCGGUUGGACCAACUGGCCUGUUGGUCCUAUGGACCGGUUGGACCAACUGGCCUGUUGGUCCUAUGGACCGGUUGGACCAACUGGCCUGUUGGUCCUAUGGACCGGUUGGACCAACUGGCCUGUUGGUCCUAUGGACCGGUUGGACCAACUGGCCUGUUGGUCCUAUGGACCGGUUGGACCAACUGGCCUGUUGGUCCUAUGGACCGGUUGGACCAACUGGCCUGUUGGUCCUAUGGACCGGUUGGACCAACUGGCCUGUUGGUCCUAUGGACCGGUUGGACCAACUGGCCUGUUGGUCCUAUGGACCGGUUGGACCAACUGGCCUGUUGGUCCUAUGGACCGGUUGGACCAACUGGCCUGUUGGUCCUAUGGACCGGUUGGACCAACUGGCCUGUUGGUCCUAUGGACCGGUUGGACCAACUGGCCUGUUGGUCCUAUGGACCGGUUGGACCAACUGGCCUGUUGGUCCUAUGGACCGGUUGGACCAACUGGCCUGUUGGUCCUAUGGACCGGUUGGACCAACUGGCCUGUUGGUCCUAUGGACCGGUUGGACCAACUGGCCUGUUGGUCCUAUGGACCGGUUGGACCAACUGGCCUGUUGGUCCUAUGGACCGGUUGGACCAACUGGCCUGUUGGUCCUAUGGACCGGUUGGACCAACUGGCCUGUUGGUCCUAUGGACCGGUUGGACCAACUGGCCUGUUGGUCCUAUGGACCGGUUGGACCAACUGGCCUGUUGGUCCUAUGGACCGGUUGGACCAACUGGCCUGUUGGUCCUAUGGACCGGUUGGACCAACUGGCCUGUUGGUCCUAUGGACCGGUUGGACCAACUGGCCUGUUGGUCCUAUGGACCGGUUGGACCAACUGGCCUGUUGGUCCUAUGGACCGGUUGGACCAACUGGCCUGUUGGUCCUAUGGACCGGUUGGACCAACUGGCCUGUUGGUCCUAUGGACCGGUUGGACCAACUGGCCUGUUGGUCCUAUGGACCGGUUGGACCAACUGGCCUGUUGGUCCUAUGGACCGGUUGGACCAACUGGCCUGUUGGUCCUAUGGACCGGUUGGACCAACUGGCCUGUUGGUCCUAUGGACCGGUUGGACCAACUGGCCUGUUGGUCCUAUGGACCGGUUGGACCAACUGGCCUGUUGGUCCUAUGGACCGGUUGGACCAACUGGCCUGUUGGUCCUAUGGACCGGUUGGACCAACUGGCCUGUUGGUCCUAUGGACCGGUUGGACCAACUGGCCUGUUGGUCCUAUGGACCGGUUGGACCAACUGGCCUGUUGGUCCUAUGGACCGGUUGGACCAACUGGCCUGUUGGUCCUAUGGACCGGUUGGACCAACUGGCCUGUUGGUCCUAUGGACCGGUUGGACCAACUGGCCUGUUGGUCCUAUGGACCGGUUGGACCAACUGGCCUGUUGGUCCUAUGGACCGGUUGGACCAACUGGCCUGUUGGUCCUAUGGACCGGUUGGACCAACUGGCCUGUUGGUCCUAUGGACCGGUUGGACCAACUGGCCUGUUGGUCCUAUGGACCGGUUGGACCAACUGGCCUGUUGGUCCUAUGGACCGGUUGGACCAACUGGCCUGUUGGUCCUAUGGACCGGUUGGACCAACUGGCCUGUUGGUCCUAUGGACCGGUUGGACCAACUGGCCUGUUGGUCCUAUGGACCGGUUGGACCAACUGGCCUGUUGGUCCUAUGGACCGGUUGGACCAACUGGCCUGUUGGUCCUAUGGACCGGUUGGACCAACUGGCCUGUUGGUCCUAUGGACCGGUUGGACCAACUGGCCUGUUGGUCCUAUGGACCGGUUGGACCAACUGGCCUGUUGGUCCUAUGGACCGGUUGGACCAACUGGCCUGUUGGUCCUAUGGACCGGUUGGACCAACUGGCCUGUUGGUCCUAUGGACCGGUUGGACCAACUGGCCUGUUGGUCCUAUGGACCGGUUGGACCAACUGGCCUGUUGGUCCUAUGGACCGGUUGGACCAACUGGCCUGUUGGUCCUAUGGACCGGUUGGACCAACUGGCCUGUUGGUCCUAUGGACCGGUUGGACCAACUGGCCUGUUGGUCCUAUGGACCGGUUGGACCAACUGGCCUGUUGGUCCUAUGGACCGGUUGGACCAACUGGCCUGUUGGUCCUAUGGACCGGUUGGACCAACUGGCCUGUUGGUCCUAUGGACCGGUUGGACCAACUGGCCUGUUGGUCCUAUGGACCGGUUGGACCAACUGGCCUGUUGGUCCUAUGGACCGGUUGGACCAACUGGCCUGUUGGUCCUAUGGACCGGUUGGACCAACUGGCCUGUUGGUCCUAUGGACCGGUUGGACCAACUGGCCUGUUGGUCCUAUGGACCGGUUGGACCAACUGGCCUGUUGGUCCUAUGGACCGGUUGGACCAACUGGCCUGUUGGUCCUAUGGACCGGUUGGACCAACUGGCCUGUUGGUCCUAUGGACCGGUUGGACCAACUGGCCUGUUGGUCCUAUGGACCGGUUGGACCAACUGGCCUGUUGGUCCUAUGGACCGGUUGGACCAACUGGCCUGUUGGUCCUAUGGACCGGUUGGACCAACUGGCCUGUUGGUCCUAUGGACCGGUUGGACCAACUGGCCUGUUGGUCCUAUGGACCGGUUGGACCAACUGGCCUGUUGGUCCUAUGGACCGGUUGGACCAACUGGCCUGUUGGUCCUAUGGACCGGUUGGACCAACUGGCCUGUUGGUCCUAUGGACCGGUUGGACCAACUGGCCUGUUGGUCCUAUGGACCGGUUGGACCAACUGGCCUGUUGGUCCUAUGGACCGGUUGGACCAACUGGCCUGUUGGUCCUAUGGACCGGUUGGACCAACUGGCCUGUUGGUCCUAUGGACCGGUUGGACCAACUGGCCUGUUGGUCCUAUGGACCGGUUGGACCAACUGGCCUGUUGGUCCUAUGGACCGGUUGGACCAACUGGCCUGUUGGUCCUAUGGACCGGUUGGACCAACUGGCCUGUUGGUCCUAUGGACCGGUUGGACCAACUGGCCUGUUGGUCCUAUGGACCGGUUGGACCAACUGGCCUGUUGGUCCUAUGGACCGGUUGGACCAACUGGCCUGUUGGUCCUAUGGACCGGUUGGACCAACUGGCCUGUUGGUCCUAUGGACCGGUUGGACCAACUGGCCUGUUGGUCCUAUGGACCGGUUGGACCAACUGGCCUGUUGGUCCUAUGGACCGGUUGGACCAACUGGCCUGUUGGUCCUAUGGACCGGUUGGACCAACUGGCCUGUUGGUCCUAUGGACCGGUUGGACCAACUGGCCUGUUGGUCCUAUGGACCGGUUGGACCAACUGGCCUGUUGGUCCUAUGGACCGGUUGGACCAACUGGCCUGUUGGUCCUAUGGACCGGUUGGACCAACUGGCCUGUUGGUCCUAUGGACCGGUUGGACCAACUGGCCUGUUGGUCCUAUGGACCGGUUGGACCAACUGGCCUGUUGGUCCUAUGGACCGGUUGGACCAACUGGCCUGUUGGUCCUAUGGACCGGUUGGACCAACUGGCCUGUUGGUCCUAUGGACCGGUUGGACCAACUGGCCUGUUGGUCCUAUGGACCGGUUGGACCAACUGGCCUGUUGGUCCUAUGGACCGGUUGGACCAACUGGCCUGUUGGUCCUAUGGACCGGUUGGACCAACUGGCCUGUUGGUCCUAUGGACCGGUUGGACCAACUGGCCUGUUGGUCCUAUGGACCGGUUGGACCAACUGGCCUGUUGGUCCUAUGGACCGGUUGGACCAACUGGCCUGUUGGUCCUAUGGACCGGUUGGACCAACUGGCCUGUUGGUCCUAUGGACCGGUUGGACCAACUGGCCUGUUGGUCCUAUGGACCGGUUGGACCAACUGGCCUGUUGGUCCUAUGGACCGGUUGGACCAACUGGCCUGUUGGUCCUAUGGACCGGUUGGACCAACUGGCCUGUUGGUCCUAUGGACCGGUUGGACCAACUGGCCUGUUGGUCCUAUGGACCGGUUGGACCAACUGGCCUGUUGGUCCUAUGGACCGGUUGGACCAACUGGCCUGUUGGUCCUAUGGACCGGUUGGACCAACUGGCCUGUUGGUCCUAUGGACCGGUUGGACCAACUGGCCUGUUGGUCCUAUGGACCGGUUGGACCAACUGGCCUGUUGGUCCUAUGGACCGGUUGGACCAACUGGCCUGUUGGUCCUAUGGACCGGUUGGACCAACUGGCCUGUUGGUCCUAUGGACCGGUUGGACCAACUGGCCUGUUGGUCCUAUGGACCGGUUGGACCAACUGGCCUGUUGGUCCUAUGGACCGGUUGGACCAACUGGCCUGUUGGUCCUAUGGACCGGUUGGACCAACUGGCCUGUUGGUCCUAUGGACCGGUUGGACCAACUGGCCUGUUGGUCCUAUGGACCGGUUGGACCAACUGGCCUGUUGGUCCUAUGGACCGGUUGGACCAACUGGCCUGUUGGUCCUAUGGACCGGUUGGACCAACUGGCCUGUUGGUCCUAUGGACCGGUUGGACCAACUGGCCUGUUGGUCCUAUGGACCGGUUGGACCAACUGGCCUGUUGGUCCUAUGGACCGGUUGGACCAACUGGCCUGUUGGUCCUAUGGACCGGUUGGACCAACUGGCCUGUUGGUCCUAUGGACCGGUUGGACCAACUGGCCUGUUGGUCCUAUGGACCGGUUGGACCAACUGGCCUGUUGGUCCUAUGGACCGGUUGGACCAACUGGCCUGUUGGUCCUAUGGACCGGUUGGACCAACUGGCCUGUUGGUCCUAUGGACCGGUUGGACCAACUGGCCUGUUGGUCCUAUGGACCGGUUGGACCAACUGGCCUGUUGGUCCUAUGGACCGGUUGGACCAACUGGCCUGUUGGUCCUAUGGACCGGGUUGGACCAACUGGCCUGUUGGUCCUAUGGACCGGUUGGACCAACUGGCCUGUUGGUCCUAUGGACCGGUUGGACCAACUGGCCUGUUGGUCCUAUGGACCGGUUGGACCAACUGGCCUGUUGGUCCUAUGGACCGGUUGGACCAACUGGCCUGUUGGUCCUAUGGACCGGUUGGACCAACUGGCCUGUUGGUCCUAUGGACCGGUUGGACCAACUGGCCUGUUGGUCCUAUGGACCGGUUGGACCAACUGGCCUGUUGGUCCUAUGGACCGGUUGGACCAACUGGCCUGUUGGUCCUAUGGACCGGUUGGACCAACUGGCCUGUUGGUCCUAUGGACCGGUUGGACCAACUGGCCUGUUGGUCCUAUGGACCGGUUGGACCAACUGGCCUGUUGGUCCUAUGGACCGGUUGGACCAACUGGCCUGUUGGUCCUAUGGACCGGUUGGACCAACUGGCCUGUUGGUCCUAUGGACCGGUUGGACCAACUGGCCUGUUGGUCCUAUGGACCGGUUGGACCAACUGGCCUGUUGGUCCUAUGGACCGGUUGGACCAACUGGCCUGUUGGUCCUAUGGACCGGUUGGACCAACUGGCUGUUGGUCCUAUGGACCGGUUGGGGACCAACUGGCCUGUUGGUCCUAUGGACCGGUUGGACCAACUGGCCUGUUGGUCCUAUGGACCGGUUGGACCAACUGGCCUGUUGGUCCUAUGGACCGGUUGGACCAACUGGCCUGUUGGUCCUAUGGACCGGUUGGACCAACUGGCCUGUUGGUCCUAUGGACCGGUUGGACCAACUGGCCUGUUGGUCCUAUGGACCGGUUGGACCAACUGGCCUGUUGGUCCUAUGGACCGGUUGGACCAACUGGCCUGUUGGUCCUAUGGACCGGUUGGACCAACUGGCCUGUUGGUCCUAUGGACCGGUUGGACCAACUGGCCUGUUGGUCCUAUGGACCGGUUGGACCAACUGGCCUGUUGGUCCUAUGGACCGGUUGGACCAACUGGCCUGUUGGUCCUAUGGACCGGUUGGACCAACUGGCCUGUGGUCCUAUGGACCGGUUGGACCAACUGGCUGUUGGUCCUAUGGACCGGUUGGACCAACUGGCCUGUUGGUCCUAUGGACCGGUUGGACCAACUGGCAUGUUGGUCCUAUGGACCGGUUGGACCAACUGGCCUGCUGGUCCUAUGGACCGGUUGGACCAACUGGCAUGUUGGUCCUAUGGACCGGUUGGACCAACUGGCCUGUUGGUCCUAUGGACCGGUUGGACCAACUGGCCUGUUGGUCCUAUGGACCGGUUGGACCAACUCGCCUGUUGGUCCUAUGGACCGGUUGGACCAACUGGCCUGUUGGUCCUAUGGACCGGUUGGACCAACUGGCCUGUUGGUCCUAUGGACCGGUUGGACCAACUGGCCUGUUGGUCCUAUGGACCGGUUGGACCAACUGGCCUGUGGUCCUAUGGACCGGUUGGACCAACUGGCCUGUUGGUCCUAUGGACCGGUUGGACCAACUGGCCUGUUGGUCCUAUGGACCGGUUGGACCAACUGGCCUGUUGGUCCUAUGGACCGGUUGGACCAACUGGCAUGUUGGUCCUAUGGACCGGUUGGACCAACUGGCCUGUUGGUCCUAUGGACCGGUUGGACCAACUGGCCUGUUGGUCCUAUGGACCGGUUGGACCAACUGGCCUGUUGGCCUAUGGACCGGUUGGACCAACUGGCCUGUUGGUCCUAUGGACCGGUUGGACCAACUGGCAUGUUGGUCCUAUGGACCGGUUGGACCAACUGGCCUGUUGGUCCUAUGGACCGGUUGGACCAACUGGCCUGUUGGUCCUAUGGACCGGUUGGACCAACUGGCCUGUUGGUCCUAUGGACCGGUUGGACCAACUGGCCUGUUGGUCCUAUGGACCGGUUGGACCAACUGGCCUGUUGGUCCUAUGGACCGGUUGGACCAACUGGCCUGUUGGUCCUAUGGACCGGUUGGACCAACUGGCCUGUUGGUCCUGGGACCGGUUGGACCAACUGGCCUGUUGGUAUGGACCGGUUGGACCAACUGGCCUGUUGGUCCUAUGGACCGGUUGGACCAACUGGCCUGUUGGUCCUAUGGACCGGUUGGACCAACUGGCCUGUUGGUCCUAUGGACCGGUUGGACCAACUGGCCUGUUGGUCCUAUGGACCGGUUGGACCAACUGGCCUGUUGGUCCUAUGGACCGGUUGGACCAACUGGCCUGUUGGUCCUAUGGACCGUUGGACCAACUGGCUGUUGGUCCUAUGGACCGGUUGGACCAACUGGCCUGUUGGUCCUAUGGACCGGUUGGACCAACUGGCCUGUUGGUCCUAUGGACCGGUUGGACCAACUGGCCUGUUGGUCCUAUGGACGGUUGGACCAACUGGCCUGUUGGUCCUAUGGACCGGUUGGACCAACUGGCCUGUUGGUCCUAUGGACCGGUUGGACCAACUGGCCUGUUGGUCCUAUGGACCGGUUGGACCAACUGGCUGUUGGUCCUAUGGACCGGUUGGACCAACUGGCCUGUUGGUCCUAUGGACCGGUUGGACCAACUGGCCUGUUGGUCCUAUGGACCGGUUGGACCAACUGGCCUGUUGGUCCUAUGGACCGGUUGGACCAACUGGCCUGUUGGUCCUAUGGACCGGUUGGACCAACUGGCCUGUUGGUCCUAUGGACCGGUUGGACCAACUGGCCUGUUGGUCCUAUGGACCGGUUGGACCAACUGGCCUGUUGGUCCUAUGGACCGGUUGGACCAACUGGCCUGUUGUCCUAUGGACCGGUUGGACCAACUGGCCUGUUGGUCCUAUGGACCGGUUGGACCAACUGGCCUGUUGGUCCUAUGGACGGUUGGACCAACUGGCCUGUUGGUCCUAUGGACCGGUUGGACCAACUGGCCUGUUGGUCCUAUGGACCGGUUGGACCAACUGGCCUGUUGGUCCUAUGGACCGGUUGGACCAACUGGCCUGUUGGUCCUAUGGACCGGUUGGACCAACUGGCCUGUUGGUCCUAUGGACCGGUUGGACCAACUGGCCUGUUGGUCCUAUGGACCGGUUGGACCAACUGGCCUGUUGGUCCUAUGGACCGGUUGGACCAACUGGCCUGUUGGUCCUAUGGACCGGUUGGACCAACUGGCCUGUUGGUCCUAUGGACCGGUUGGACCAACUGGCCUGUUGGUCCUAUGGACCGGUUGGACCAACUGGCCUGUUGGUCCUAUGGACCGGUUGGACCAACUGGCCUGUUGGUCCUAUGGACCGGUUGGACCAACUGGCCUGUUGGUCCUAUGGACCGGUUGGACCAACUGGCCUGUUGGUCCUAUGGACCGGUUGGACCAACUGGCCUGUUGGUCCUAUGGACCGGUUGGACCAACUGGCCUGUUGGUCCUAUGGACCGGUUGGACCAACUGGCCUGUUGGUCCUAUGGACCGGUUGGACCAACUGGCCUGUUGGUCCUAUGGACCGGUUGGACCAACUGGCCUGUUGGUCCUAUGGACCGGUUGGACCAACUGGCCUGUUGGUCCUAUGGACCGGUUGGACCAACUGGCCUGUUGGUCCUAUGGACCGGUUGGACCACUGGCUGUUGUCCUAUGGACCGGUUGGACCAACUGGCCUGUUGGUCCUAUGGACGGGUUGGACCAACUGGCCUGUUGGUCCUAUGGACCGGUUGGACCAACUGGCCUGUUGGUCCUAUGGACCGGUUGGACCAACUGGCCUGUUGGUCCUAUGGACCGGGUGGACCAACUGGCCUGUUGGUCCUAUGGACCGGUUGGACCAACUGGCCUGUUGGUCCUAUGGACCGGUUGGACCAACUGGCCUGUUGGUCCUAUGGACCGGUUGGACCAACUGGCCUGUUGGUCCUAUGGACCGGUUGGACCAACUGGCCUGUUGGUCCUAUGGACCGGUUGGACCAACUGGCCUGUUGGUCCUAUGGACCGGUUGGACCAACUGGCCUGUUGGUCCUAUGGACGGUUUCCACUCCCUGCCCGAAUGGUGGACCGGUUGGACCAACUGGCCUGUUGGUCCUAUGGACCGGUUGGACCAACUGGCCUGUUGGUCCUAUGGACCGGUUGGACCAACUGGCCUGUUGGUCCUAUGGACCGGUUGGACCAACUGGCCUGUUGGUCCUAUGGACCGGUUGGACCAACUGGCCUGUUGGUCCUAUGGACCGGUUGGACCAACUGGCCUGUUGGUCCUAUGGACCGGUUGGACCAACUGGCCUGUGGUCCUAUGGACCGGUUGGACCAACUGGCCUGUUGGUCCUAUGGACCGGUGGACCAACUGGCCUGUUGGUCCUAUGGACCGGUUGGACCAACUGGCCUGUUGGUCCUAUGGACCGGUUGGACCAACUGGCCUGUUGGUCCUGGGACCGGUUGGACCAACUGGCAUGUUGGUCCUAUGGACCGGUUGGACCAACUGGCCUGUUGGUCCUAUGGACCGGUUGGACCAACUGGCCUGUUGGUCCUAUGGACCGGUUGGACCAACUGGCCUGUUGGUCCAAUGGACCGGUUGGACCAACUGGCCUGUUGGUCCUAUGGACCGGUUGGACCAACUGGCCUGUUGGUCCUAUGGACCGGUUGGACCAACUGGCCGUUGGUCCUAUGGACCGGUUGGACCAACUGGCCUGUUGGUCCUAUGGACCGGUUGGACCAACUGGCCUGUUGGUCCUAUGGACCGGUUGGACCAACUGGCCUGUUGGUCCUAUGGACCGGUUGGACCAACUGGCCUGUUGGUCCUAUGGACCGGUUGGACCAACUGGCCUGUUGGUCCUAUGGACCGGUUGGACCAACUGGCCUGUUGGUCCUAUGGACCGUGGUCCUAUGGACCGGUUGGACCAACUGGCCUGUUGGUCCUAUGGACCGGUUGGACCAACUGGCCUGUUGGUCCUAUGGACCGGUUGGACCAACUGGCCUGUUGGUCCUAUGGACCGGUUGGACCAACUGGCCUGUUGGUCCUAUGGACCCGUUGGACCAACUGGCCUGUUGGUCCUAUGGACCGGUUGGACCAACUGGCCUGUUGGUCCUAUGGACCGGUUGGACCAACUGGCCUGUUGGUCCUAUGGACCGGUUGGACCAACUGGCCUGUUGUCCUAUGGACCGGUUGGACCAACUGGCGUGUUGGUCCUAUGGACCGGUUGGACCAACUGGCCUGUUGGUCCUAUGGACCGGUUGGACCAACUGGCCUGUUGGUCCUAUGGACCGGUUGGACCAACUGGCCUGUUGGUCCUAUGGACCGGUUGGACCAACUGGCCUGUUGGUCCUAUGGACCGGUUGGACCAACUGGCCUGUUGGUCCUAUGGACCGGUUGGACCAACUGGCUGGCCUGUUGGUCCUAUGGACCGGUUGGACCAACUGGCCUGUUGGUCCUAUGGACCCGGUUGGACCAAUGGCCUGUUGGUCCUAUGGACCGGUUGGACCAACUGGCCUGUUGGUCCUAUGGACCGGUUGGACCAACUGGCCUGUUGGUCCUAUGGACCGGUUGGACCAACUGGCCUGUUGGUCCUAUGGACCGGUUGGACCAACUGGCCUGUUGGUCCAAUGGACCGGUUGGACCAACUGGCCUGUUGGUCCUAUGGACCGGUUGGACCAACUGGCCUGUUGGUCCUAUGGACCGGUUGGACCAACUGGCCUGUUGUCCUAUGGACCGGUUGGACCAACUGGCCUGUUGGUCCUAUGGACCGGUUGGACCAACUGGCCUGUUGGUCCUAUGGACCGGUUGGACCAACUGGCCUGUUGGUCCUAUGGACCGGUUGGACCAACUGGCUGUUGGUCCUAUGGACCGGUUGGACCAACUGGCCUGUUGGUCCUAUGGACCGGUUGGACCAACUGGCAUGUUGGUCCUAUGGACCGGUUGGACCAACUGGCCUGUUGGUCCUAUGGACCGGUUGGACCAACUGGCCUGUUGGUCCUAUGGACCGGUUGGACCAACUGGCCUGUUGGUCCUAUGGACCGGUUGGACCAACUGGCCUGUUGGUCCUAUGGACCGGUUGGACCAACUGGCCUGUUGGUCCUAUGGACCGGUUGGACCAACUGGCAUGUUGGUCCUAUGGACCGGUUGGACCAACUGGCCUGUUGGUCCUAUGGACCGGUUGGACCAACUGGCCUGUUGGUCCUAUGGACCGGUUGGACCAACUGGCCUGUUGGUCCUAUGGACCGGUUGGACCAACUGGCCUGUUGGUCCUAUGGACCGGUUGGACCAACUGGCCUGUUGGUCCUAUGGACCGGUUGGACCAACUGGCCUGUUGGUCCUAUGGACCGUUGGACCAACUGGCCUGUUGGUCCUAUGGACCGGUUGGACCAACUGGCUGUUGGUCCUAUGGACCGGUUGGACCAACUGGCCUGUUGGUCCUAUGGACCGGUUGGACCAAAGGGCCUGUUGGUCCUAUGGACCGGUUGGACCAACUGGCCUGUUGGUCCUAUGGACCGGUUGGACCAACUGGCAUGUUGGUCCUAUGGACCGGUUGGACCAACUGGCCUGUUGGUCCUAUGGACGGUUGGACCAACUGGCCUGUUGGUCCUAUGGACCGGUUGGACCAACUGGCAUGUUGGUCCUAUGGACCGGUUGGACCAACUGGCCUGUUGGUCCUAUGGACCGUUGGACCAACUGGCAUGUUGGUCCUAUGGACCGGUUGGACCAACUGGCCUGUUGGUCCUAUGGACCGGUUGGACCAACUGGCCUGUUGGUCCUAUGGACCGGUUGGACCAACUGGCCUGUUGGUCCUAUGGACCGGUUGGACCAACUGGCCUGUUGGUCCUAUGGACCGGUUGGACCAACUGCCUGUUGGUCCUAUGGACCGGUUGGACCAACUGGCCUGUUGGUCCUAUGGACCGGUUGGACAAAUGGCCGUUGUUGGUCCUAGGACCG